GUCGCUGGCGUUGCCGUCCUGCAGCAGCUCCUGCAGCCGGUGGAUCAGUGCCAGCGAGUGGUUAAUGGUGGCCCCGGCGGCCUCGCCGCUGAGAUCCGCUUUCUGGGCUGUGCGGGGGGACAGACACGCUGAACGGAACGGCGCAGGAGGCGUGUGGUGGUGCCGAUGCGCGGUGGGAAGGAAACGCAGUGAUGUAAUCAGUUCAACAGCAGGGCCGGAUCCGGCAGCGCUACUCACAGGAGGGAAUCGGCUGCAGCCAGGGCCUGGUUCCGGGCAGCAGGCUAGCAAGGUCAGCCAUACAGAACAUGAGAGUGCAGCGCAUGCAUCUGCCCACCAGAGGGCACCUCGGCGCCACAGCUCAUGCCCACCUGGGCUCAGCAGCUGCCGAUGGUGAAGGAUGAUGCUCCUGCUGCCCAACAGCACAGACGGGGCCCGGGUGAGCGACGCCGAGCUGCUGGAAUGGGAGGAGCGGUCGCCCUGCAUGGAGGGGAUCAUCCCUGUCAUUUACUACAGCGUCCUGCUGGGCCUGGGGCUGCCAGUUAACAUCCUGACGGCCGUCGCCCUGUCCCGCCUGGCUGCCAGGACAAAGAAAUCGUCCUACUGGUACCUGCUGGCUCUGACCACUUCCGACAUCCUCACCCAGGUCAUCGUCGUCUUCAUGGGCUUCAUCCUGCAGAUGGUCGUCCUGGCCCGCGAGGUGCCCCAGGCCUUCAUCCACACCGUCAAUGUGCUGCAGUUUGCAGCCAACCAUGCCUCCAUCUGGGUGACCGUGCUGCUGACGGCCGACCGCUAUGUGGCGCUGUGCCACCCGCUGCGCUACCGCAUGCUCUCCUACCCCGAGCGCACCCGGAAGAUCAUCGCCGCCGUCUUCGGCACGGCGCUGGCCACCGGGAUCCCCUUCUACUGGUGGCUGGACAUCUGGCACGACUCCCAACCACCCACCACCGUGGACAAGGUCCUCAAGUGGGUUCACUGCUUCACCAUGUACUUCAUUCCCUGCAGCAUCUUCCUGGCCACCAACUCCGUCAUCAUCUGUAAGCUCAAGAGGGGGAAGCAGGUGGACGGGCACCGCCGGCGCGUGGGCAAGACCAUCGCCAUGCUGAUGGCCGUCACUGCUGUCUUCACUGUGCUCUGGGCGCCCCGGACAUUCGUUAUCCUCUUCCACCUCUACAUGGGCUCCACCCACAAGGACCGGAGGCUGCACGUGGCACUGAACCUGGCCAACAUGAUUGCCAUGCUCAACACCACCGUCAACAACGUCUUCUACUGCUUCGUCAGCAAGACCUUCCGCCGCACGGCCGGCCAGGUGAUCCGCUCCUGCUGUCCCUUCUGCACGCCCACCAACGGGGGCUUUCUGCACUCGGCUCUGAAACCGCUGGGGCUGCUGGAGAAUGUGUCCCUUUAGGGCAACAGAGUCGGUGUGGUCCUGCUCUCAAAGGGUUCCCAGUCACAGGCAUGUGCAGCCUGGCUACCUCAUUCCCACGUGUCCCCGAGGGGCUUGGGCUGAGGGCGAGAUGGGGCGUGCAGCAGCCAGGGAAAGGCGGUGGGUUACAGUGUACUGGCUGGAUAGGAGGCAGCUGGCACUAGCUGGUAUGGGCAAGGUGCCAGCUGGUACAGUGGCCCCAACAGAGCAGGAACCCUCAGACCUGGUGUCCUGACUUGAGGCAUCUGUGAUUGCUGUGAACUCAUGUUCUGACUGCGGAAGGGAACCAGGCCGGCCCGAUCCUGAGCCCAUGACACCGUACUGAGCAAGUGCCAGGCCUAGUGCACUAGGCUGCUCCACGCAGCGCCGCUCUCCCACGAGGUCCGUCUGGGCCCUCAGCAAGGGUCAGGCUGGGAGGAGGCCUGUUUUAAUGCCUGGGCCCAGAGGGAGGAGACACACCGGUGUUUGGGGGUGCUGCAGAGGGUGCUAAGCCCUUAGCAUCCCACCACGUAUCCCAGGGACGUUUGACUGCCGGGUGGGAAGCCGAGAUGGUGUGGAACUGAAGGACGUGCCCCCGGUUACCUGGCAAGGCUGUGACCCAGACGGGAAUGGAACCCUGACCACUAGGCCAGACAGCUCGCCUGGCCAUUUGCAGCUUCUGGCAUUUAAUCUCUUGCUGCGUCAUUGCCCAUCGCUCCUGAAGCAAAGGGCUGUGCACACGGUGCUCUGCCUGCGGGACGCCAGUGUUGCUGGAUGUUCUGGGGCCUUGGGACCAGCUGAGCUACCGGGUUCCUGCGGCUGAUAAUGUCUGUGAUGCCGCGUAUCAAAGCUUCCGCCAGGGAAGACAGGCACUAGCACCAGGCACAGCAGCUGGGCGCCAAGUGGGGCCAUGGCGAGGGCCCUGCCUCACACUGCCAGUGCAAGUCCAAUA